AUGGCUGUGCGCUACUCUAUGGCCGUGGGCCUCGACAAGGGCCACAAGGUGACCAAGAACGUGAGCAAGCCGAGGCACAGCCGACGCCGCGGGCGCCUCACCAAGCACACCAAGCUCGUGCGGGACAUGAUCCGGGAGGUGUGUGGCUUUGCACCCUAUGAGCGAAGGGCCAUGGAGCUGCUCAAGGUCUCCAAGGACAAGCGGGCACUUAAGUUCAUCAAGAAGCGGGUGGGCACACACAUCCGGGCUAAGAGGAAGAGAGAGGAACUAAGCAACGUGCUUGCAGCCAUGAGGAAGGCCGCUGCCAAGAAGUACUGA